AAGGGUGUUGCGUAGCAAGUAAGAGGAAUUGCCGCGAUAAAAGAAGCUCGAAAGAUCGUAAAAGACGUAUACGAUCGAAAAGGAUGGCCACGGAAUAAACGAAACACACAGAAGCAAUACCCGGUGGAAAGAGAGCAUGUAACGGGAACAGGGGUUGGCGAGUGGAAGGGAGAAAAGGGAUGGUACCGACGGCAGUGAGGAAGCAGUAGCGCCUUUAAAGAUGGCUUCCGUGGGUAGUAGCGUGCCGUGUAGCUUCCAAGCAUAAAAAUGAUCGAAAACCCUUACGAAGCCGCCAGUGUCGGAUAGUUCGCACGGUAGAGACGGUGGAAAGGAUAAAAUACUCGUUCGCGGUGUGUCGCCGCGGAUCGCCGUAAGAAUGUUCGCGAUUUCGGAGCACUCGGCCGCUUGAAGAGGCGAGAAGAAGGAUCUAUCUCGGCGUGAUGAGAGAGAGCAGGGGAAUAUAGCGGUGCUCGUCAUUCUACCCCGUCUCGAGUGACAGUUGCUUACGUAACGGAUUAUUCUCGCUAUGAUAACGAUAUUCCAGCCGCGGACGUGAAACAAGAAACUAUUUUACCAGGUUAUUCGCGGCGCUGGCCAGCAGCAAUCCGCUAGAAAUAAGCAUCGCGACUGACCUGAAUUUUCACUGUCUGUUGUCGCGAUAUCGCGCACCACGUCACUGCUCGACGCUCCGCUCAUCGUUAUCUUUGUCUCGGAUACGCCGGAAAACCACGUCCGAGCAUUUUUCGGUCGAAUGAAAUUAUGACAGCGGCGCUCGUCAUGGAAAACGUGAAUUGGGAUCCUGCGUUGUCCAAGCUCCUGAAUUCUCUGCAGGAGAACAAGAACGAAAUACCGAGCUGCACCGAAGAGGAGUUCGGAUUCCUCAGCGAUUUAUUGCAGUCCAAGGAGUUGAACGCGUUGGUGAACGUUCACAAUAAGAUUGUGAACAAUGUCAAGGACGACAAGUUCUUCCCGGUGCUCUCGAAUUCCAUGGACAUCGACAUCGAGGUUUUAGACAUGCUAUCGACCAAGACGCAUCUCUCCAAGGACUGCAAGGAGCUCUUCCAUCUACUCCAAAAACCUCACAUACAGGGUCUAUUGUGCGCCCACGAUUCGGUUGCCCAGAAAGACUACUACCCCCGGUUGCCGGAUAUACCUCUGGAAGUCGACGAGGACGAGGAGACGGUGAAGAUCGUGCAGCUGGUCAAGUCGAACGAGUCCUUGUGUGGCACUGGCAUUGAACCGAUCGUGGGGGCGACGAUAAAAACGUGCGAGCUCACCGGCAAGAUCAUGAUAGCGCGAAUAAUGCAUGGCGGCGCGGCCGAUAGAUCCGGCCUCAUUCACGUUGGGGACGAAGUCUGCGAGGUCAACGGCAUCAGCGUCGAAGGAAAAACUCCGGACGGCGUUCUUAGAAUACUGCAAAAUUCGGAAGGUACGAUCACGUUUAAAAUAGUGCCAGCGGACAGCAAAGGUGGUAUUCGGGAGAGCAAGGUGCGAGUGAGAGCGCACUUUUCGUACAAGGCCACCGAAGAUCCUUACACGCCUUGCAAAGAAGCUGGACUGGAGUUCGCGAAAGGCGACGUUCUCCACAUCGUCAGCCAGGACGACGCUUAUUGGUGGCAGGCCAGGCGCGAGGGUGAUCGAAAUACGAGAGCUGGCCUGAUCCCCAGUAGAGCUCUUCAAGAAAGACGAAUUAUUCUCGAGAGACAGCAAAAGGAAAAGACCGACGACGACAAUAUAAGCUUGUGUUCUAUUCCAGUGUCUUUGCCUUCAUUGUGCCCCGGUCCCAGUACCUCUUCGCACGCCUCGUCUACAAAGUGCAACUUACAGGGGGUAAAAACUAAAAAAAUCAUGUAUGACGCUGCAGAAAACGACGAUUUCGACCGGGAAGAAAUACCGACCUACGAAGAGGUCGCGAAGCUCUACCCGAGGCCGGGUCUGUACCGACCCGUGGUUCUGAUCGGACCACCGGGAGUUGGCAGGAACGAGCUCAAGAGGCGGCUCAUGGCCACCGAUCCCGAUAAGUACAAGACGCCCGUGCCUUAUACCUCGAGGCCACCGAGACCCGGCGAAGUAAACGGCAAAGAGUAUCACUUCAUGAGCCGUGAAAAGAUGGAAGAGGAGAUCAACGACGGAAAGUUUAUAGAGUACGGCGAAUACAAGGGUAACCUGUACGGUACUAGUUCCGAGAGCGUCAGCUCGCUAAUAAACGCUGGAUACGUGUGCCUGUUGAACCCGCACUAUCAAGCCCUUAAGAUGCUUCGAACACCGCAAACGAAACCGUACGUGAUUUACGUAAAGCCACCGAGGUUCGAGAUAUUGAAGGAGACGAGGAACGACGCCAGGGCAAGGUCCACCUUCGACGAGAGCAACUCGCGCGGUUUCACGGACGAGGAGUUUAACGAAAUCCUGCACAGCGCAGCCAGGAUAGAAUUUCUGUACUCGCACCUGUUCGACGAAGUGAUAGUGAACGCUGACCUUCCCAUGGCGUUCGAGCAGCUGGUGAACGCGGUUCAUCGAGUAGAGUCGGAACCUCUCUGGGUGCCUGCUUCGUGGGUUCAAUAAAUUAUGCUUAGACCGAGGACAAGUUGGUCGCGUACAAGCAACAAUAUGUUUGGAUACGUUACGCUCCCAACGCCGGACCUUAUCACACACUUUCGUCGAUGCUUCUUUCCCUCAGAUUUUUCAGUAAAACGAAUUCGUAUUUUAUCGUUCACUCCUCCAUGACGUUUCCAUCCUUGGGCAUGUAUAAGUGUUUUGCUGCGUAAGUUCCACGUUCGAUUCGGGUUAAAGGAACAUUUUCUUUCACGUUGGGCAUAGAUUCUCGAACCAGGUAGUCGAAAAAUACCGAUUACGUCUCCUUUACGUAGAAUCUUUACUGCCAUUAAACGUUUGCGAUAUCGACGGAAGGUUCUCGCGUCUCCGAUCUUGUCGCGAGCGGCCAAGUUUCGAAGUGUAUUUCGGGGAGGGCAGGCGAACCGCGUUGAACUUGUUGCCGUAAGUUUUGGGAUCAACGAUUGCAAAUGGAAGAUCGAACGCGAUCCGGAAUUUUCGGGCAUCGGAAUCGACGCGUCACCUUUGAUCCCAAUUGUUGUUGAUUGUUGCCAAAUAUAAGUAUCUUACCUAGAACACGGUGGGUAUCGUCUCACGAUUAUUGUAUUUUCCACUCGAUCAGCAUUGCCACGAUAUUGCUAUUUUUUUCAUAAUUAAACGGCUGCCAGCGCGAGGAAAAUUUAUG